CCGCCCGUCAGCUCACGAUCCGAUGUCACGUCCCGCAUCGAGACGGCCUAUCGCGGCACCACGGCGCGGGAGGAGGCGGCGCUGGGAGCAGCCACGGUGCGAGAGGCUGACGCUGCUCUGCAUGCAAUGCAGGACUCUCCACCAGGCUCUCUGACUGUGUACGUGGUUCCUGAAGCCUCCUCUCUCCUGCCUCAGGGUAUCAAUGUCUACGUGGGGAAGCAUCGCAGCGCCCUGGUGAGGGCUGGGCAGGGCCUGGCCACACUCCAUUCCCGCCUCCAGCAGCUCAUGCAGGUGAUGUCUUUCACGGCCAGCUCCAUCGCUGCUGCCCUCUCAGACCGUGUUCCUGAUGGUCAGCUCGGCCCCGACGCCUGGCGGCACUUGAAAUCCAGCCUGGGGUACGAAAUCACCUUCAGCCUGCUCAACCCUGACCCCAAGUCGCAUGAUGUGGACUGGGACAUCGAGGGUGCUGUGAAACGCUAUGUGCAGCCCAUCCUGGACAAGCUGAACCUCGUGGCCAACUUCUCUGUUGACUCACAGAUCUUGUACUACGCUGUUCUUGGAGUAACUCCACGCUUUGACAAGGAGUCCUCCAGCUUCAUCCUGAGUGCACACAGCCUCCCACAUGUCAUCAACCCUGUGGAGGCCCGGCUGGGUUCCAGCGCUGCUUCACUCUACCCUGUGCUGAACUUCUUGCUGUAUGUGCCAGAGCGCUCCCACUCUCCACUCUACAUCCAGGACAAGGAUGGAACCCCAGUGGCCACCAAUGCCUUCCACAGCCCCCGCUGGGGUGGCAUCAUGAUUUACAAUGUUGAAGUCCCUGCUUCCUCCCAAACCUCCCUCCCGCUGCGCGUGGAUGUGGACAUGUUGAGAGUGAUGGAGGUUUUCCUGGCCCAGCUCCGGUUACUAUUUGGGAUUUCUCAGGAGGAGCUGCCCCCUGAGUUCCUGGUGGAGAGCCCAGGGAAUGAAGGCCUAGCUGACUGGGAGCUGGACCGCCUGCUCUGGGCCCAUACAUUGGAGAAUAUUGCCACUGUGUCCACCACCUUGACUUCGCUGGCACAGCUGCUAGACCAGAUCAGUAACAUCGUCAUCAAAGACGAUGUUGCCUCAGAGGUGUACCGAGCGGUGGCUGCAGCACAGGAUGCCGUGGCUGAGCUGGCUGAGGGCCGUCUGCACUCGGCUUUCCAGGCCAGCAAGGAAGCUGUCACCUCCUCAGAGCGGGCAUUCUUCGACCCCUCCCUUCUCCAUCUUCUCUACUUCCCGGAUGAUCAGAAAUUCGCCAUCUACAUCCCCCUCUUCCUGCCCAUGGCUGUCCCCAUCCUCCUCUCCUUGGCUAAGAUGCUCCGGGAGGCCAGGCAGAACAAGAAGGAACCCACCAAGAUGGACUGAGUCCAUGGAAGGUGCCCUGCUUUAGGGCUGGGACCUCACGGAGUGCAUUGCAUCAUGGUGCAGGCAGGCACCCUGAACUGCAUUGGGUCAGGCCCGGACUGGGGGUGUGUUCCAGAUGUAGGAGUGGGAAGAAGCUGCUUUCACGGGUGAGAGAUGCUCACAGUCAGAGUCUUGCACCUUCCACUCAGAACUGCUGCUUGCGCCCCUGUUACUGAGACUUGAGGGAAGGGAGGGAGACCUGCAUGCACCCCGCAGCCCUGCGCUGUGUUCAUGUGUAAAUAAAGAACCUCCUGCCCAAUCUGCCCCGUUGUGCAGGGGGCUGGAUGGGGGUGUGGGGGCUGCGCGAAUC